UAAAACAGCACAACAACGAUCUCAUCACAUCUGACCUCUAAACAACCGGUGCACAAGCUAGACGUCUAAAGCCUACGUACUUAAUAAAAACAUGAGCUCUUAGUCCAGCAUGCUCAACAUCUUUUGUCUGCCGGCGAACAGGAGCAGCUCCUGAACGCAUCUUCCCACAUCACACAAACGCUCCUUGUGCGACACGGUGCGUGUCGUGUCCUCAGGCAAGUCAAGUCUCCGCUGUCCGCCCUGCAGCUGGAGAACCGCUUCGUCUCCUCGGCCUCUUCUGCACACGCAACACACACGCGCGCAUACACGCACACGCACAGGGCAUCAGAUAGAAGAAGAAGAAGAAGAAGAAGAAGAAGCCAUUGGCUCCGAGGAGCUGAUGACGGAGGGAUCGCACCGUCUUCUCCAGGAACGCGUCGGAGCGCGAACAUACGCGCGCGCACACACACGCACACUGCCAGUGGGAUGGGACCGGCGUGUUUGACUGGCACGGACAUUUAACCGGGGAACUUUGUUUGGGUUAUUAUUAUUCUUUUUGAAAUAUUUUUGGUUUCAUUAGGAGGUGGAGACCGCUUGGGACUGGCGCGUUUUUCACUCUCUCCAGGAGCGCGCAGUGUGGCACAGUCUGGAACAAAAAACAAACAACUGAACAACAGUGCAGCGCAGGCAGGUUUCCGUUUUUAAAAGCUGCGGGAGAGGCGGAAGAGUCGCGGAGUCGUGCGUGGGGGGAAAAGCGGUGUCGGUGCACGAGGAAGACCCCGAAGAGGAAUCCGCGGCCGAACUUUGGAUAUGGCCGGUGCCAAGACGUUCGACCUUCUCGUUGGAGUAGUUUUAGUCUUGCAGUGUUUUGGGGAUGCCCGAGCCGAGAUGCCAGCGAGCGACGGGGUCUCUUACUCAUACGUGCGCGGGCAGGCGGGGGGUGAGGACGCCGCCGCCGUGGACGUGGCGCUGUACGGCGCCCGGUGGAGGAGGUGGCUUCCCCCGAAGCCUCGCAACAUGGACAGCAACAGGGCCAGUCAGGAGCAGGAGCCCGGGCGGGAGGAGCCCGAGGGCUUCCCGGGCCUCCUCUCUGCGGAGGAGACGGACAACAGCUCCCAGAUAGAGGAGGACACAGACCACAACUACUACACAUCCAAGAUGUACACUGCGUCGGAUGCGAUGAGCAGAGACCUGUGGGUAGAUGUGGACCAGAUGGACAAGGACAAAGUGAAGAUCCACGGGAUUCUGUCCAACACACACCGACAAGCAGCGAGAGUUAACCUGUCCUUCGAUUUCCCCUUUUAUGGACACUUCCUGCGGGAAAUCACCGUGGCGACUGGUGGGUUCAUCUACACGGGCGACGUGGUCCACCGGAUGCUCACGGCGACGCAGUACAUCGCUCCUCUGAUGGCGAACUUUGACCCCAGCGUCUCCAGAAACUCCACAGUCAUCUACUUUGACAACGGGACGGCUCUGGUGGUGCAAUGGGACCACGUCCACCUGCAGGACAACUACCACCUGGGAAGCUUCACCUUCCAGGCCACGCUGCACAGCACCGGCAGGAUUGUUUUUGCAUACAAGGAGAUCCCCACCGAGGUGUCACAGAUCAGCUCCGUCAAUCACCCGGUGAAGGUGGGCCUCUCUGAUGCCUUUGUGGUGGUCCACAAGAUCCAACAGAUACCCAACGUCAGGCGGAGGACGAUCUACGAGUACCACCGGGUGGAGCUGACCAAGACCAAGAUCACCAACUCCACCGCCGUCGAGAUGACGCCUCUUCCCACCUGUCUCCAGUUCACCAGCUGCAGCUCCUGCAUCUCCUCGCAGAUCAACUUCAACUGCAGCUGGUGCCAUCGCCUCAACAGAUGUUCCAGCGGUUUUGACCGCCAUCGGCAGGACUGGGUGGAUAACAGCUGCCCAGAUGAGACCAAGGACAAGACGUGCAACGUCACGGCGCCCACGUCCCUCUAUCCGCGAACCACCGCCGCUGUCGCCGGGACGCCGCCGUCCGGGAGCAGAGAGGCCACCGCGGGCGGGGGCGCCGCCGCCUCCACCUCGCACCCUCCCACCAGCGUCCCCACAGAAGACGACACCAAGAUCGCCCUGCACCUCCGAGACAACCAGGUGCUUCCUGCAGACAGCGCCGCAGACAGGAAGUCAGGCACGCACCCUUUGCACACCGGCCUGAUCCUCGGCAUCCUCCUGGUGGUUGUGGUCAUGGUCGCCGGCGUGCUGGUCACCGUGUACAUCUACCACCACCCGACCUCCGCGGCCGGCCUCUUCCUCAUCGAGAGACGCCCGAGCAGGUGGCCCGCCAUGAAGUUUCGCCGCGGGUCGGGCCACCCGGCCUACGCAGAGGUGGAGCCGGUGGGCCACGAGAAGGAGGGCUUCAUCGAGUCCGAGCAGUGCUGAGGGAGAGGAGGCCGGCGUCCUCAUCACCCCCCCCCCCCUCACCCCCUCACCCCCCUCUCACCCAACCCACCCCACCACCCCCACACUCCUGAGCCAGCGCCCCGGACCUCCGGCCUGCUGCUCCACUGGGACUCCAGGGUCAGCGCGCACACUGACCCGUUGAGACGGUAACAGGAAGCGAGGAGAAAACUGAUCCUGGACCAGCUCGUCGUCCGCCCCCCCCCCCCCCCCUCUCCAGCAAAGACCUGACCCACUGUGGGCGGAGGGAGGGUACAGCAUCGAUACGCAGUCGGGUUCGUUGCCAUGGAUACCGGUGUGGUUGGUGGGGAGAGUGAAUUAUACGAUAUAUAUUUUCUGAAGCAGAGUAGGUGAACAGACCGAAUCGGGUGAUGCUGUGAAGGCUUUUGUGUGUCCGUCAGGUUUUCACUGCGUCGCCACAUUUAUCUGCACAGGCGUCGCUAUUGCUUUUUUUUCCCACGCCACAGCGGGGCUCAAUCGACUUUUCCACUGACCUGCCCGGCAAACACAGGCGCUGCGGCCCGAGCGGCGUGCAGCCCCCGUCGCCGCCAUCGAUCGCUGCAGCGCCGAUGGAUUCGUUUCGUGGGGGUUCCGCUCGUUCUCGUUUUCGGGAAAUGAAGUGGGAGACGUUUUUUCGGUGUGUGUGUGUGUUUUUUUCGAGCACACACUACUUUUUUUUUUUUUAAUCGGUUCAUUGCUCGACUCUUCACGUAAUGAAACACCCUUUAAUCUGUGUUUUUGCAUCUUAUUUUUUACAUUACUGCCGUGCCAUUUUUUUUCUUGACUUGAGUUUGCACUUUUUCUUCCAUUUUUUUUUCAUUCGACACGUGGUACAAAUGCAGAUUGACAAGACAGGCGCUUGUGAGUGUGUAUGCUGAAUAUAGUCAUCGUGUGUGUAUGUGUGACUGCAGUUUACCGAAGUGAUUGGAUAUCCAUCUGCUUCAUGGGUGCAUUUGUUUGAGCUGGCUCUGCACAGGUGAUACUUAUUGAUCUGAAUCUAACGGUAUCUGGAUAUUGAUAGUGUGUGAGACUGGGAUGCUUGGGGUUUUCCUUGAUUUUUACUGUGUGGUUUCCUUUUCUAUACAUACAAGUCGCGUGCGUAACCGUAGGCUGGUCUGUGUUAAGUUCUGGUUGACUCAUCCGAGGUCAAACCAUUCAUGUAUAUACCCACACGGCCAAAACAUUUGCAAUUCAGGUAUCUCAGACAUUUGUAGGGUAGCAGUGUAGUAUACAGGAAAGUAAACUACUUUUUAUUUUUUAUGAGUGGCCUUUAUUUCUCUACUUUUUUACUUAAAUGUGAAUACCGUUCCAAUCAUUACUGUCACCAAUCAACACAAAUCCAAACAUUCACUUUUAUAUAUUAUCUCAAGACAAAAUUAUGCUAACGCCAAUGAUUAUAAAACUCAAUUAAGAUCAGCGUCCGGGAAUUCUACUGAAAAAUAAAACGUGCAAUAUUACACCCAUUCAGUUUGACACUGUAAUUAACAAUAAUUUAUCUCAUUUAAAUUCCCAUCAUGUCUUCAUCACAUUGAGACCAAAGACAGAACACAAUCAUCGUCCUCUGCGACCACACAACCACCCGGACCCUCUAAACCCCGCCCCCUAAAUAUGAUUGUCCAAUCGUAGCUCAGCAACCUUUAAGCUUGCCUCGUUUUUUUUCCAAUAUAUAGAAUUAAUGAAUUUUGAUCAUUAAUAUACUUCUUAGGUGCAGUCUGCGUAAAUCUGCCACAUUAUUAAUGUAAACUUCGUAUGUUUGAGAACAUGUUAAACUGGAGUAGUGACUUUAGUUAGGGGGCGUGGUUUAGUAUAUUUCCUCUUUCAACACACCCAAAGAUCCACAGGAUUCAUGCACAGAUACCAAAUCUACUGGUUGUUGCAAACCCUCACGUAGACCUUCGUUUACAACCGCUGAGUUUCAAAGUGGCCUCAUUGGAUUUAACCCCAGAGUUCAAAACUCCUGCUUUUCAAAAAGCCCUUUUUAUGACUCCUCGUAACUCCUUUUCAUCAUCGGUGUGUUUGAAAAGCAGACAUUUAACAGGCCUUUUCAUGCAUACACAAACUUCCUCUAAUUGUUGGUCAAAUGAACCCCCCCCCUGCGGAGGAGAAAGGUCCCGUACAAGUGCUUGGCUCAUCUGCCACACACCGUAAAUGUGAUUGUAAAACCGUGGAUCAGCGACUCGGCGUCUGCAGUAAGAUAGAUUCUCAAAUCACAUGAGCAAAACGUUGUGGGGAAUUGAUGAUAUUUGUGCGUUCAUCGCCUCUGCUUGUGUUCACAGCCGUUAAAUAUGCACUGUCGGAAUGCAUUCUGGGAAAGCUUGUUUGUGUUUUGACGCGUCCACGCGAAAAGCCAAAACACUCUGCUCAUGGAAACAGAAGAAAAGCCUUCACUUUCUUCACUGGACUCGACGAAUCACUUUAAUUCCCACUUUCCUAACUGUGUUAUUUUAGAUGGCGAGUGGCGGCGUAGAGAUGUUUGUAUGAAUCUCUGUGACGGUCCCCUCAGAUCCAGAGCGAAACAUGAAGAAACAAGGACUGUGACCUUGUUUUAUCGCAUCAUGACUCCAAAUCACGCGCUGCCAUUGCUCUCCGUCUGUAAUUUCUGUAACUACUGUUGUUUUAAAUACAUUUGAAAUAAUAAACAAUGUUGUUGAAAACAAA